AUGCUCAAGAAAAUCUUCUGCAAAGCAACACUGGAUAUUUGUAGGAUGGGAAUGAUAUUAGAGUUUCCCAGCCCCAAUCACAUCUGGGCUUGUGAUGGGCAUAAUAAGUUGAAGCCAUUUGGCAUCACAAUCUAUGAAUUUAUUGAUGCUUGGUCUCAAAAUAUCUUAGGCAUUUUUGUUCAGGUUAUCAACAAUGACCUCUGCCAUGCCGCUUGCUACUUUCUUCAUCUUGCAUCAAAGGCUGGUGGAUUGCUACUCAAGUUAACCAGUGACUAUGGAACCAAAAUCAUUGAUAUGGCUGAGCUCCAGAUGCACCUGUCUCAAACUUACGACGGAAUUACAACCAAGGAAGCAUCGGAUUGCAAGAACUUUACCAAAUCAAAAAAUUGA